AUGUCCCAUUUACGCCUUUUGGUCAUUGCUUCUUUCUAUUGUCUUCACCUGUCUUAUACUCCAUGGAGAUUGUUGACUAUGCUACACCAAAAUUCAGGAAGGUGUUACUGCACUGAUGCUGUUAUGUUCUACCUGGCUUGUUCAACUUCAAGUUCGUAUAUGUUCGUGAAGUCCCUCGUAGUUUGUAAACUUUGCAGUGUUUUGUUCUUUUGUAACAUGUGGAACUUGCUUGAUCUGUUGAGAUAA